GAAUAGUCUAUCCUCUAUCCGUGUGUGCUUCAUAAAAUCAAUUCGUUCAAAGUCCAAGAAAUAUUUAAUAUAACGCCCACCGGUGAAGUAAAAGUUCAGCUUUUGACCGGAAGGCCGUCGAUCCUCGGUCGCCUCUUCUUUACCUAAUCUCUACCCUCUCUACGUUGCCCUGCUGGUAUUUAAUUGAAUUAGCUCCCUGUGAGAUCCGAGCUUGGGGUUGGGUUGAGGAGGACUUUAGAGGAGGAGGAGAAACUUGGGUGUGAUUGUCUUGGAGAGGGAGAGGAAGGGAUUCAGAUGGCUAAGCUUUAUGUGGAGACGACGCCGCCACCGGAUCUGAACAAGAACACGGAGUGGUUCAUGUAUCCGGGGGUGUGGACGACCUACAUACUCAUACUUUUCUUCAUGUGGCUCCUCGUCCUUUCUGUCUUCGGUUGCACCGCCGGCAUAGCCUGGACAACUGUCAAUCUAGUCCACUUCGCUAUUACUUAUCAGUUUUUCCAUUGGAGAAAGGGAACACCCUUUGCUGAAGAUCAGGGCAUAUACAAUAAUUUGACAUGGUGGGAGCAGAUUGAUAAUGGCAAGCAGCUUACACGUAAUAGGAAGUUUUUGACUGUUGUCCCCGUUGUCUUGUAUUUGAUAGCUUCACACACAACUGACUACCAGCAACCAAUGCUCUUUCUAAAUACACUCGCAGUGAUUAUAUUGGUUGUCGCCAAGUUCCCAAACAUGCACAAGGUUCGCAUCUUUGGAAUCAAUGCAGGUCGUUGAUCAAAAGCCCUUUGCAUGAGAGAUAUCAUUGUGGGUUAAUAACUGGAUCUUCCUUCUUAUAUAGAACACCGGAGAUAAGAGGUUAGUGUGAUCUUUUAAGCAUUCUGGCAACCUUACAUGGUUUCCAAUGUACAGAACUACCGUUGUAAAAGCUUAAUAUUAUGUGCUGCUGUGAUAGCUUAGAGCAAAAUAUUCUGUAGACUUUUUAAAUUUCUGGUCUUGUUAGAGUGCCUUGCUCCUGUACAUGUAUAGUUCUCAGGGCUUUGUUUGAGGUUUGUAUUGUAAAACUGUUCUUAAAUGUGGUUAGGCUAUCUCUGUCUCACUUAGACAUCUCAGUGGCCGCAGUAACAUAUGAUAGCUCCAUUUAUAUUUCCAACAAUGUGAUAAAUGCUUGUUUUUGU